AUGGCGGCGGAUGCAACAACGGAGUUGCUUUUUUUGGAUACUUUCAAACAUCAGAGCACUGAGCAAAGCACUAAUGUAGACGUGGUUCGCUUUCCGUGUGUAGUUUACAUCAAUGAAGUGCGUGUGAUUCCUCCAGGAAUAAGAGCUCACUCUAACUUACCUGAAAGUAGAGCUUAUGGUGAGACAUCUCCCCAUACAUUUCAGUUAGACCUGUUUUUCAACAAUGUCAGCAAACCAAGCGCACCUGUAUUUGACAGGCUAGGAAGCCUAGAGUAUGAUGAAAACUCCUCAAUUAUUUUCAGGCCCAAUUCAAAGGUAAACACUGAUGGCUUAGUUUUAAGAGGCUGGUAUAAUUGCUUGACACUGGCAAUAUAUGGCUCUGUUGAUAGAGUAGUAAGCCAUGAUAGAGACUCUCCUCCACCUCCACCACCACCUCCACCACCUCCUCAGCAACAGCAAGCUUUGAAAAGAACUCCAAAAUUAGCUGAUGGAGAGAAAGAGGAACAGUUCAAUGGCAGCCCUCCCCGGCCUCAACCUAGAGGACCAAGAACCCCACCUGGCCCCCCUCCUCCUGAUGAUGAUGAAGAUGAGCCGAUGCCUGUAUCAGUUGCCGGACAAAAAGAUGAUGAUGUUGAUCACAGAGAAGAUUAUUUUGAGCCCAUUUCUCCUGAUCGGACUUCCAUUCAUCAAGAAGGUCCAUAUUCUGAUGAGGCGGAAGUGGAGGAAGAACAAGCAGAAGAAAUGGAUGAUGAUGAAGAAGGUGCGGAUGUUGAGGAGGAAGAGGAUGAAGAAGAGGAUGAUGAUGGUCAAACAGUAGAUAGCAUUCAGGAUGAUGAAGAGGAUGAUGAUGACGAUGAAGAUGAGGAUGAUGAUGAGGAUGAGGAAGAAGAGGAAGAAGGUGAUGAAGAGGACGAAGGUGAAGGAGAUGAUGGUUAUGAACAGAUUUCAAGUGAUGAGGAUGGAAUUGCUGACUUGGAACGAGAGACGUUUAAAUACCCAAGUUUUGACAUUGAAUAUACUGCUGAAGAUUUAGCCAGAGUGCCACCUGUAACCUACGAUCCUUUCGAUAGGGAGCUUGGACCCCUUCUGUAUUUCAGUUGCCCCUAUAAGACCACUUUUGAGAUGGAAAUUGCCAAGAUGAGAGAUCAAGAUCUAGAGAAGGAAACCAGUGGGGCAGUAGAGAGUUCUGCUAAAUUGACUGAGCUCCUUGAAUUAUAUCAGGAGGAGAGAGGUGCAAAGUGGGUCACAGCUUUGGAAGAAAUACCCAGUUUAGUAGCCAAAGGACUAAGUUAUUUGCAAUUAAAGGAUACAAGCCAGGAUUACCUAAGCCAGUUGGUUGACUGGACAAUGCAGUCUUUAAAUCUUCAAGUAGCCUUGAGACAACCGAUUGCUUUGAAUGUCCGUCAGCUGAAAGCUGGGACAAAACUUGUCUCUUCGCUGGCAGAAUGUGGAACUCGAGGAAUAGAAGCACUCUUGCAAGGGGGAGUAAUUGAUUCUUUAUUUGAGUUGCUCUUUGCGGAUCAUGUGUCCUCUUCCCUUAAACUUAAUGCUUUCAAAGCUUUGGACAGUGUUAUUAGCAUGACUGAAGGAAUGGAAGUUUUUUUGAGGAAUAGUUUGGAGGCCAGUGAAAAAAGUGGCUAUCAGAGACUGUUGGAACUUAUUCUCCUGGAUCAGACUGUAAGGGUAGUCACUGCAGGUUCUGCCAUUUUACAGAAAUGUCACUUCUAUGAGAUUGUGUCUGAGGUAAAAAAAAAUGGUGACCAGCUAGCAGAAAAUUCUCCACCCCUUCCAAAUCAUUCUGAGUCUGAGCAGGAUCCAGAUGCUGGGCCUGAAAGAGGCAACCAGGAAUAUGAAAAUGAUGUGGAUGCUCCAAUGGAUAUGGACAAUCUUUUGGAGUCCUCCACUAUGAAUGAAGGAGAAAUUGAGAAACUCAUUAACCUUUUAGAUGAAAUUUUGCAUUUGAUGGAGACAGCCCCGCACACUAUGGUGCAGCCACCUGUGAAAUCUUUCCCAACAACAGCACGUAUUACAGGGCCUCCAGAAAGGGACGAUCCUUUUCCAGUUCUGUUCAGGUAUCUCCACAAUCACAAUUUUUUGGAGUCUGUCACUUUGCUGUUGUCCAAUCCAAUAACAAAUGUGCAUCCUGGAGUGCUUCAGUCUGUCAGAGAUAUUCUGAGGUUUUUAGCACAGUCACAGAAAGGUCUCCUUUUUUUCCUCUCUGAAUAUGAAGCCACCAAUUUGCUGGUUCGAGCAUUUUGUCAGUUUUCGGAUCUCGAUCAAGAAGAAGGUCUGCAAACAGAUGGGGCAGGCGAUGAAGCAUUUCCCUUAUGGCUUCUUCAUUCGACUCAGACACUGCAGUGCAUUUCAGAACUAUUCAGCCACUUCCAGCGUUGCAUAGCCCCUGAUGAAACUGACCAUUCAGAUCUCCUGGGAACACUUCAUAAUCUUUACUUGAUCACUUUUAACCCAGUAGGAAGAGCUGCUGUUGCCCAUGUCUUCAGCCUUGAGAAGAAUCUCCAGAGCCUUAUUACUUUAAUGGAGUUCUAUUCCAAAGAAGCAUUAGGUGAUUCCAAAUCAAAAAAGUCAGUUGCGUACAAUUAUGCCUGCAUCCUUGUUCUACUGGUGGUACAGUCUUCAAGCGAUGUCCAGAUGCUUGAGGUGUUCUCAGCACCCCUGUUGAAGCUUUGCAAAGCUGAUGAAAAUAAUACCAAAUUACAAGAACUUAGUAAAUGGUUGGAGCCAUUGAAAACAGUCCGAUUUGAAAUUAAUUGCAUCCCAAAUCUCAUUGAAUAUAUUAAACAGAACAUUGAUAGCUUGAUGACUCAGGAAGGAGUUGGUCUCCCUACAGCACUUCGUGUCUUGUGUCAUAUUGCAUGUCCUCCACCUCCUGUUGAAGGUCAGCAGAAGGACCUUAAAUGGAACCUUGCAGUUAUUCAGCUCUUCUCUUCUGAAGGAAUGGACACUUUUAUCAGAAUUCUGCAAAAACUAAACAGCAUUCUUAUUCAGCCCUGGAGGCUCCAUGUCAACAUGGGAACAACUCUUCACAGAGUCACUACAAUCUCUAUGGCCCGAUGUACUCUCACACUUUUGAAGACCAUGUUGACUGAAUUGCUACGGGGAGGAUCCUUUGAAUUUAAAGAUAUGCGUGUUCCUUCAACACUUAUUUCUUUACACAUGCUUUUAUGUUCUAUAACACUUUCUGGGCGUUUGGACAGUGAUGAACAGAAAAUCCAGAAUGAUAUUGUUGACAUCUUGUUGACUUUCACCCAGGGGGUUAAUGAGAAGUUAACUAUCUCCGAAGAAACUCUAGCCAAUAAUACUUGGUCACUAAUGCUAAGAGAGGUUCUUUCUUCUGUUCUAAGAAUUCCAGAAGGAUUUUUCUCUGGCCUUAUAUUACUUUCAGAACUACUGCCUCUUCCACUGCCUAUGCAGACCACUCAGGUUAUUGAACCACAUGACUUAUCAGUAGCUCUCAAUACUAGAAAACUUUGGAGCAUGCAUCUUCAUGUCCAGGCAAAAUUACUGCAAGAAAUAGUACGAUCCUUUUCUGGCUCCACUUGCCAGCCCAUUCAGCAUAUGCUAAGGCGCAUUUGUGUACAGUUGUGUGACUUGGCCUCACCAACGGCUCUCCUUAUUAUGAGAACUGUCUUAGAUCUACUUGUAGAAGAUCUUCAAAGCAACCCAGAAGAUAAGGAGAAACAAUACACUGGUCAGACCACUCGCUUGCUUGCUUUAUUUGAUGCUCUGGCUUCACACAAAGCUUGUAAAUUGGCCAUUUUGCACCUGAUUAAUGGAACUGCUAAAGGGGAUGAAAAAUACACCGAAGUUUUCCUAGAACUUUUGACUUUGAUGCAAACUGCAGGGGAAAACAUCAUUCAUCAGCAAUGUUCAGAAUACUUAGCUUCUAUUUUACAGUCCUUCUGUGACCAGAUACAUGAAUGUACUGUAAUGCAUUCUUCUCUGGCAAAACACUGUGAUGCUCUGCAAACAGUAUUGAAGAGAAUAGUGAGCAGCUUCAGUAAAGACACAGGAGAACUUGCCUCUUCCUUUCUGGAUUUCAUGAGACAGAUACUAAAUUCUGAUCCUUUGGGAUGUUGUGGGGAUGAUGGGAGUCUUGCGGAAGUAGAUGGAAGUCAUCCCACCAGAACCCUGGGUCUUAGUACUGCAGAAUUAAAGUAUCAGUUGCAGACCAAAGAAGAGACUCCUGAAAACCUGCUCCUUGAACUGGAGAAACUGGUUUUGGAGUGUUCUAAGGAAGACGACAGCCUGGAAUCAUUACUGGAUAAUGUUGUUGGACUUAGGCAGAUGUUGGAAUCUGCUGGAGAAGCUUGUCCUCUAAGUGAUCAAGAUGUGGAACCAAUUUUGCCUGCUCCAGAAUCUCUGCAACAUCUGUUUAAUAAUAGGACUAUGUACAUCUUGGCAGACGUGAUAGAUGAUCAGUUGAAGUCUAUGUGGUUCUUACCAUUCCAGACUGAAGAAAUUGAAACUGAUCUUGACAUGGUGAAAGUUGACUUAAUUGAACUGUCGGAAAAAGGAUGUAGUGACUUUGAUCUGCAAGCAGAGCUAGAGAGGUCGUUUGUUACAGAGCCUUCUUCUCCUGGUUUGACCAAAACCACAAAAGGCUUUAAACUUGGCAAACACAAGCAUGAGACGUUUAUAACUUCCAGUGGAAAGUCAGAAUACAUUGAACCUGCCAAGAGGGCUCAUAUUGUACCUCCACCUAGAGGAAGAGGCAGGGGAGCAUUUGGCCAAGGCAUCCGCCCCCAUGACAUCUUCCGUCAGAGGAAACAGAAUACCAGCAGGCCGCCCUCUAUGCAUGUUGAUGACUUUGUAGCUGCAGAGAGCAAAGAGGUGGUUCCACCAGAUGGGAUCCCACCUCCCAAGAGGCCACCUAAAGUUUCACAGAAAAUUUCUUCCCGUGGUGGCUUCUCAGGGAACCGUGGAGGGCGUGGAGCCUUUCACAGCCAAAACAGAUUCUUCACACCACCUGCUUCGAAAGGAAAUUAUAGUCGCCGUGAAGGAGCCAGAGGAUCAAGCUGGAGUGCCCAAAACACCCCCCGAGGAACAUACAGUGAAAGUCGAGGUGGUCAGAGCAAUUUCAACAGAGGACCUCUCCCCCCCCUGAGGCCUUUAAGUUCUGCGGGCUACCGGCCAAGCCCCCGUGAUCGUGCUUCCAGAGGUCGUGGUGGAAUUACACCAUCUUGGGCAAGUACCAACAACAGUGGUAGUGGUGGUUCAAGAGGAAAGUUUGUUAGUGGAAGCAGUGGAAGAGGACGUCACGUUCGUUCCUUUACUCGAUAAACAGUUCUGACUGUGAACAUUUCAAGAUGAUGGUGAAACAAUUAAUUAAUUGAGGACCAAUGCUAGACCUUUGGUAUUUGAAGGCAGCAAGACAUUACUUUUUUUAGGGAUUCAUAUUUGUUUCGUACAAGAUCUGAGAUUUCAAUAAAACUGUCUUUUUUGUGUGUAAUAUUUGUGUUUGGGGCAUGACAUGGCAGUGUG